AUGCAAGACCUCGCUUCCUACUGGAUCAUAUUCGGCAUGACCAGCCCAUUCUUUCAUAGGCCUCAAUUCCCUUUUGGAGAAGAUGAAUGCAAUCAGAGGCACAGACUUGGGUCCGAUGAAAUCGGACGACGGUUGGAGCCAAAUAUUCUGCUAAUGCACCCUUCAGCGGAUCCAUCUCAGUCCCCAUUUGUGUUUUCUGACGGUCCUGUCACUUUCUGUGGUCAUUGA